UUUGCACAGUCACGCCGUUGCUAAGCUCCACUCGAGUCUUGUUCGGUUUUUUUCCGUUCAUUUAUUUGAAAUAGUGUGCGACAACCGAUCGUGAUUAAGAUGCUGUUCGAGAAUCCGCCCGGUGCCAAGCUGUUUCCCGCGUACAGCGUGCCGCCCCCCGUUCUGCCUCCCGCCGUCAUCAGUGUCGCAGGCGUUACACUCAGGCCGUUUGGACGAAACUGGAGUUAUCUGGUGCGGCCUCCACAGGCUAAGCUGCGCGAGCUUCGGCCACCACUGAAGAGGUGGAACCGGCGAUACGCAUCUGGUGCAGAGACUCAAACCCCCACCGGGUCGUUUAUUGAAAAAUAUCGAAGGGGUUAAGACACCCGAUCGAGCUGCAAAAACGCUUCUCGACUGGGUUCAGCAAUGGGUGAAGGCAACGGUAUAAUCGACCACGACAUCCACGGCACCCUCAUUCAGAUGAACGGUAGCCAUUCGGGUUCGUCUGGCAGGAGCACGCCGAACAACACGAACGAUCCCGCCCCCGGCAAACUGUUUGUCGGCGGCCUCAGCUGGCAAACGUCGAGCGAAAAGCUCAAAGAAUAUUUCGGCAUGUUCGGUAACGUUACCGACGUACUAAUCAUGAAAGACCCCGUCACACAGAGAAGUAGAGGAUUCGGUUUCAUCACAUUCUCAGAACCGUCAAGUGUGGACAAAGUUUUGAAAGUUCCGAUCCACACAUUGGAUGGUAAAAAGAUCGACCCAAAACACGCUACACCAAAAAACAGACCAAAACAACCCAACAAAACAAAGAAGAUAUUUGUAGGUGGCGUGAGCCAGGAUACUUCAGCCGAAGAAGUAAAGGCUUACUUCAGUCAAUUUGGCAAAGUCGAAGAGACCGUAAUGCUGAUGGAUCAACAAACUAAAAGACAUAGAGGAUUCGGCUUCGUUACGUUCGAGAACGAAGACGUUGUCGAUCGUGUGUGCGAAAUUCAUUUCCACACCAUCAAAAACAAAAAGGUAGAAUGCAAAAAAGCUCAGCCCAAGGAGGCGGUUCAGGCCAGUGCACAAUUGCUCGGUAAGAGGAUCAUGCUGAGCAGUCUUGGCAUGCGCAUGGCCGCUCCGGCGGCAGCAGCAGGGGCGAUCGCGGCCGCCAAUCCCUUGGCGGUGGUACAGGCUCAGGCACAUGUUCAGGCGGCAGCGGCUGCCGCAGCCGCCGCCCAAGCCCAGAAUGCCGCAGUUGCCGGCUAUGGAAAACUCUUCGGCGCCUACCCGCCGUUGGCCAGUUACCGCUACUCUCCCUAUCCGCUCCCCGCAGCCGCGGUGGGAGCCAAUGUUGGAGCGGCUGCAGCGGCGGCCGGUGGCAAUCCAGCUCCAGCACCUGCAGCAGCUACGACCACUCUGGCGCCCCAGGUUGCGGCCAGCCCGUAUCAAGGAUACAACCUCACUAAUGUUGACAUGACCAGCUUCCAGGGCGUCGACUGGGGCUCCAUGUAUGGUGUGGGCAUGUACGUCUAACUUGCUCAUUGAUAUUGUUUUUUUUUUUUCGUAAGAGUAAGAAUAACACGCGAAACAUAAUGGGCCAAAAUACCCUACGGACUUCCAAUUAACAUUUCCAGUAUGUCAAUGGCGGCGUCCCGUGCCUAUUACACUUUGAUAUUAUUACUUACUUAAUUUUAAGUAGACUGUCGUGAUUCCGAUUCUCGCGUGAUAGGCAGCACGUUUUCAUCAUACACAAGCUUAUUUGUUUGUUGUUGACAGAAGCCUCGCUCCUUACAUAAACGGGCUUUCAUUUCUCGAAUUUCCUGAUACUAGCCCAAAUUGGGCUCUCCAUUACAUUGCUCACUUAUUCCUGCAUUUGUAAUUUGCUCCUGGUAAAUUCGACUACUGAAAUUCCGAUACUGUAUACAAUUGUUGGUUGAAAUUUGUUGUGGUAAGGGGUGAGGUCAUACGACCGAUGCCGCCUUAUGCUCAAUUUAGUGUUUAGCAAUAACUCGCAAUAAUCAGUAUUACUAAAACGAAUUGAAUCUCGUUUAGAUCAAGCUAAAAAAUUUAAAUUCCUCACUCAUUCUCCCCGAAUGGCAAUAACGAACACUCUUUAUAUUUAUAAGAAAAAGUUUUAAUGAAUAUGGUUGUGCAGACGAGUGUACUUAAAAAUUUUUACUGUAGUAUUUAUUUAUUACAAUUAUUACGACUGAACACUGGCGGUUUUUUACUAGUUACUUGCCAUUAUUUAAUAAUGUGACAGGCGAAGUGCCUCAGACUGCCUCACUCAGACUCACUUAGGAUAAAUUUUAAGAAUCAUGCAUCAUAAAAGGUUCAAUCAAUACACUCUCUUUCAUACAUGAUAUGUCAAGUUGAUGUACUCGCUAGAUUUUAAUACAAAUUAGUGAUAAGUAUUGUAUGUACAAAUUUGUAGAUAUUAGCGUUACUUGAGAAUAAAUCCUAGUUGAUAGACAAACAUUUACUGUUUUUACUGUUAACGUGGCAGCAUUAAGACAUUAACUUAGAACCAGAGGAUCAGUCAGUCUGAGAGCGUUUCACCGCUCAUUAAUAAUAGAUCUCAUGGAAUAGUGAUUAGGUUAUUAUUUAAAAUUUGUUCGUAUUAUUUAUGUUUUUUAAUUUAAGUGCAGCUCCGCCAUACCUUGCCGACUUCCGUUCGGCUAUUUUAAGUUUUUUAUUUUUUUUGUGUCUAACUUCUGCAGAUCUAGUCAAAGGCAGUAUCGGCCUUUAGUAAUUGUAUCAUCCGUUUUUUACAUAAACAGACCUGCCUACAUUCCUCCUAGUGUAGUUCUGCAUAUAAAUUAAACAAAAAUAUCGUUUUUGUCAUGUAUUAUAUAUGUGAUUCGCGGACCAAUGCGUCUGAUGCUUGCGAAACUAAGAGCACGCUAUUUCUCUUCUGUAUAUUACUUACUUAAUCUCUGUUGGCGGUCUUUUGUCAAUUGAAACAUCAAUAUUCAGUAUUAACGUACUUAACAAUAUAAGUUGAACUUUGAAAAGCAACAGUGUCAAUUCUGUUGCCAAUUGAUCGCGAACACCUGCAACGUUUGUCAAUAUUAGUAGUUUUAUCUUGAUAACAAUCUCUGUGACUGAGUUGCUCUUAGUUCCGCGUCGCUCAUUGUAUUUUAUAAUGUUCAAUACUGAUGUUUUUAUAUUAUAUGCUUUAGCGUUACGUGUCGCUGGUUGUGGGUGGGGACAGAGAUUGGCUCAGCCUUGUGAUAAGUUGUUGGGUGGCCGUAUUCUGUCCCCGAGUUUAUUAUGGGGUUGUCGUACGGUGGCAUGCCGAAACUUUUAACCAGUACUUGUACGAACUUGCUCCGUUUUCGGGCGGCGCCGAACGACCGCCCCACCAACGACAACAAUAAAAUUUGUAAAUUAUUAUCCAGUUGAGAGCAAUAAGCGUUGUGAAACAGAAUGAACCCUCUAUUUUUGUAUUCAAUUAUAAAUGUUAAGACGAAUGAAGAUUUUAGUUUCACUGGUCGGGUGAACCCUAAGGAUGCAUAUACUGUAGUUUUCAGAGGGUUAUUUAAUUAAAAUAUAACAAACAAACAAAAUGACAAACUUAAAGGCAAAUGGUACUUAGGUACGAUUACUUGUUACAUAGACAUUUGUUUAGCUGUUUGUCGUAUGUAAGUUACUUGUAGCUACAUAAGUACUGUAUAAUUUCAUAGUGACUAGUUUUAGUGUUUGUAGUAUGUAUCUAUGUGUGUAGUGUAGUGCGGUGAUGAUCGCAAUUGCACUGUAGUAGAGCUAUUAUAAAUAAAGUAGUUUCAUAAAGUAGACAAUGCUU